AUGGGGAAAGUUGCACAAUUCGCUUUACAUCCAUUGGAGUUCAGAGCGGCUUUACAAUUAAAAAAUUUACAUCCAAGAGAUCAAUUAAAUGAAGGUCCAUCUUUGAAAAGAUGUUGGGAAUUAUUAAAAAUAACUUCAAGAUCAUUCGCUGCAGUUAUUGAAGAAUUACAUCCAGAAUUAAGAAAUGUUAUAAUGUUAUUUUAUUUAGUCCUUAGAGCUUUAGAUACUGUGGAAGAUGAUAUGACAAUUGAUCAAGCAAUUAAAGUUCCAUUAUUACGUUCGUUCCAUGAAAAAUUACUAACUAAAGACUUCACAUUCAAUGGUAAUGCACCAACUGAAAAAGAUCGUUGUGUCUUGGUUGAAUUUGAUCAAAUUUUAAUUGAAUAUCAUAAAUUAAAAGAAGAAUACCAAGAUGUUAUUAAAGAUAUUACUUUACAAAUGGGGAAUGGUAUGGCUGAUUAUAUUGAAAAUGAAGAAUUUAAUGCUAAAGGUCUUUUGACUAAGAAAGAUUAUGAUCUUUAUUGUUAUUAUGUUGCAGGUUUAGUUGGUGAUGGUCUUACAAGAUUAAUUGUUUUAGCUAAAUUUGGUGAUUCAAAAUUGUAUAAAGAUAGACAACAUUUAAUUGGUAUGGGUCUUUUCUUACAAAAAACAAAUAUUAUUAGAGAUUAUGAAGAAGAUCAAAGAGAUGGUCGUUCAUUUUGGCCAAAGGAAAUAUGGGGUAAUUAUACUAAUGAUUUAAGUUCAUUCUUGGAUCCUAAAAAUGAACAACAAGGUCUUUAUUGUAUUAGUGAACUAGUUGUUAAUGCAUUAGAACAUGUUAUUGAUGUCUUACAAUACUUAUCAUUAAUUGAAGAUCAAUCAAGUUUUAAUUUUUGUUCAAUACCUCAAGUUAUGGCAAUUGCAACUUUAGAAUUAGUUUAUCAAAAUCCUGAAGUUUUUAAAAGAAACAUUAAAAUUAGAAAAGGUACAACAUGUUGGUUAAUUUUAAAUUCACGUAAAUUUGAUGAUGUUGUAAGGAUUUUCAGAUCUUAUAUUAGAAAAAUUCAUCAUAAAUCAACACCAAAUGAUCCAAAUUAUUUAAAAAUUGGUCAAUUAUGUGGUAAAAUUGAACAAUUUAUUGAAAGUAUCUAUCCACAUGAUAUUCCAGAAGGUGUUACAUUAAAAGGUAAUGAAGUUUAUGAUCAAGUUUUGAAAAGAAGUAAAUUUGAUGCUAAAAUUGAACCAGUUAUUUCAAAAGAAAAUUUUGAAGUUAAUUUAGUAUUGGGAGUUGUUGGUUUAAGUGUUGUGUUUUUAUUAUCAAAAUUAGUAUUAUAA